AUGGCGGGUGACGACGAUGUUCCGCUUCUGAAGCGGAGGCUGCGUCAUCGCUUACAGACCAAGCCGAAGCAUGCCCGCGUGGUGCUCUCUGAUGAUGACAGUCCGGGGGAGGAGCUUCAACCGCGCAUCUCUGCUGCAGAGAAGGGGAAAACCAAGGUCGCUGAUGCCCCUGCUAAAGCCACCAUUUGUCGCUGCCCAAGCACCAAGAAGCAGAAGAACGACGGCGACCCCGGAUCAAGCACGGGUGCUGCUAAGAAAAAGAAGAAGGGGCCAAACAAGGACGACAUCAUGGUCAACGAGGCGCUCGGCAGUGACGAUGACUACGCGGAGGCGGCAGGCCCGAUUCCUUCAUUCCCUGAGAAGGCGAAGCCGAAGGACCCCACCCUCCAUAAUCCCAACUCCCGUCCACCUUCCCCUCGCAGCAAGGACAGUUUGAAGAGGCACCGCGGAUGGACCGUACACGAGAAGCUCAAGUGGGCGCGCCGCUACCAGGAGCUCGGCUCAUUGAAGAAGACCUCGCUGGAGUCUACCGUAUCUAUCGCCUGCAUCAGACGCUGGAGUGCGGAGGGUGCUGCAGGCAUCUACAAAGGAGCGGCUAACUGCCGCAAAACCACGGGCGACAACACGCGCCUGCUUGGGCAGGCGCCAGAGGAGGAGGAGGAGGAGAUGCAGGCGGAGGGUGUGAGGGAGGUGGUCGUGGCAACCGGCCUGGAGGUGCUGUACCAGGAGACCCCCAACUGCCGCAGAGCGGCGGCUGAGGCUGACCGCAUGAUCGAGCCUAGGGAGACGGCCAGGCAUGCCUGGCGAGUGCCAGACUUGGGUGUUGACCCUGCUGUUAGUGCAAGGGAGGAGGCCGUGACUGAGGAGGGCUAG